UCUUUAUCUAGUUUUGCAACAACAUCGAUAUCAGUAUGUACUGUUAACUUUGGGAUAUAACUCACAAAAUUUUGUCAUAAAUCAGACGUUGCACACUGCGUAAACCAUCAAGUUAUACAAAAUUUAAACAUUACUAUAAAUAAUAAUAAUGACGCGUAAAACAUUCUUAUUAUUUAUAACCGUAACAUUUGCGUAUUGCCAAACGACUCACGUCCACGCAUCGGAAAAUUCCACAUCAGUCAACGUACAAGACGUUAUAUCGGAUCUCCAAAGAUCCAUCGCGUCGCUGAAGCGAUUGGAGGAAAGCAGUUUCAACGAGUCUGCAGCUGAAUCGAGCCAAAAAUUUCACACUAAAAAACGCGAAGAAUUGACGAGAUUGGGAUACAUUUGUAGCGAAGACGUCGGUUGGCACAAGCUUCACACGACCCGCAAGACUUGGAAUCGAGGAAGGAGAUCCUGUGAGGAUGAAGAUGCUCAUCUGGCGAUUGUAAAUUCUAUUGCCGAAGCGCAGGUGCUCAGCGAACGGAUAAAAAAAGCAGGCUUUUACAGUGUCUUCAUCGGUAUUCACGAUCAGUUCGAAGAGGGUGACUGGGUAACAGUCGUGGGUGGAUCCAUCAACAAAACCGGCUAUGUGCGAUGGUCCGAAGGGUUACCGAACAAUUAUCAAACGUACAAUUUAACGCAAGUCGCUGCUAACUGUGGUACUAUGAAUUAUGAAGGAGCUUUUAUGGAUGUCUAUUGUUAUAAGAAGUAUGCGUACAUUUGCGAGUAUCCACUGGUUUCGAUAAAUUGCUAGUUAUCGUUUACUUGAUUAUUUCACAGAAUGUGUGCAUAUUUUACUUAUACUUAAUAUUAUAAAUACCUUUUUCCCGUUUAGAACUGUCUGUUACUACUGAAUUACGGAUUUAAGUAGUUAAAAUCUGGUCUCACCGCCACGUUCUGUUACUACUGUAAUCUAGCUCUAUAUAUAUAUAUAUAUAUAUAUAUUGUACGAUCCCGAAAUAGGUAUAGUAUCGUAUCUAAUAAUGCAGUAUAUACUGUAUAUAUAGAGUUGACAGAGCAAAAUGACCCUUCGAAAAAGUUCGUUUUUUGAAUUAACAAAAUAAUAUAAUUGUAUGUUUAAAUACACAUUUAAAUAAAACGCGCCAUUCCUCAGGUAUGUAAGGUUAGAUCGUCGUAAUUCUCCAAAUCAGGUUAAAUAUCGACUACUAGACUAGUAAGUUACAAAGAGCUUAUCAAAUAAAAUUGGUUAGCUGUCAACAAUUUUUCUAUAGUUUAUGAGAAAUUUCGAACGCAUUUAUUUGCAAAUCGAUAACGAUAGGAAUUUCCCAGUUUCACGUAAAAGAGCUGUGAAGCGUAGUUAUUCACAGUCUUUCUGUAAUAACGUUUCAUAAACAUGACAUCCAAAACUGAUGUUACGCUGGAGCAUUUUUACAUCUUCAAUAGCACAUACGCCCUAAAAGAGGGAGAGGAAAAAAAUAAGAUACUGUACUACUAUCCAGCGAAAACGGACAUCGACAGUCAAAUAAAGAAUAUUGGGCUGAGCGAAGCAAUUAUUAAAUUUACAGAGUCGUUCAAUCCAGGGCAAACAUGUGACUACUGCCAUACACAUAAGACAACGCAAAUUUAUUAUCAACCUGAAACUAACUUCUGGAUGGUUAUGAUUGUUGGCGUGCCAUACGUAACAAAAGAAAAAGAUGGCAAUGAGUAUACCGAAUACCAAAAUGAUGAAGUAUCCAGUGCUGUUUGCCAAGCUAUUCUAAAACAGACGUAUACUAUUUUUCGUCUCUUUAUGGGUUCUUUCAACACUAUUUUGAAUGAACCUGAUUGUGGUUCAGUAACUUUGUUAAAACAUAAAUUAGACCAUUUUUAUUCCCGGUACUUGCUAUCACUAAAACUAAACAACGGUGACAUUUUGGACAUUUUCCAAGGUUUGCAGUUUUUACCAUUGUGUAAAGUUACUUUUCUACGUGUGCAAUGCUUUAUGAAUUUAGUAGAAUCAACUUUUCCACAAGUAAAAUAUACUGCAUUUUUGUACAACGAUCAACUUGUUUGGAGCGGAUUAGAACCAGAAGACAUGCAAGUAGUAUACAAUUAUUUAGUCAGUACUCUUCUACCAGCCCACUUGGAAAAAGAACUUGAUGGUGGUUCUAUACCACGUAAUUCGCCAUCUCCUUUCACAACAUCUCAUUAUGGAAAAUUCGUUACUGGCCCUUCGAGUGCUAAUGAUGUCAAAAAGUUGCCAAAAGUAUUUAUAAACUAUUCAACUAAACCCACAGCUCUUUAUUUGAUUGUUUAUCGUGCGUUAAGUGCAACUGUAUGCUUAUUUGUUGAUAAUACAAAUAGUCCUAUGUUUUAUACAAGCCUGGAUUCAUUUCUCGGUGUUCAGUUAACAUCAUUAGUCAGCUCGGUAGCAGAAUGUUCCAAGCAUGCAGCUACUUCAUCAGAAUCAAGUCCAAAAUACUUGUACUUCAAUAAACUUAAUUUAGCUUAUAAAAGUACAAUCCAUUGUGAUAAUAGACGUUUUUCAAAUGCAUUAACAACUCCAGAAGUUUUAAGGAUUAUAACUGACAUAAAUAGUGACACAAGCAGAUUAAAGGAAGCUGGUGAAAUAGUUAUAAAAACUAUGAGCGAUUAUUGGAUCGUAGGGAAGUUAUCUAAUUUACGAGAGUUUUUUGUAGUUAUUCAGCAGAAGAAUGCUAGCAUAAUUGAAAUUGAUGAGGAAGUGAAGCGGUUAUGCGAACAACAACUAAAAAUUCCGUUUUAACAGUAAUUAAGCAUUUUGUGAUAUUUAAAAAUUACUCAUUAUUCUAUCAAAAUUAUUUAUCCUCGCAGAAGAAACUCAGCCAAAAGUGUAUUUAAAAUUAAUUUCAUUUUGAAAAUUAUGAAUGAAGUGUGUCACAAAAAACGACGAUUGCCUGCCAUUUUAAGAAUAAGUAACAAGUGGAAACUAUUGCUAUAUUUUUUAUUGAUUUUGAGAGAGCCAGGUUUUGAAAUUUAAGAAUUACUUCUAAAAUAUUUUAGAGCCAGGUUUUGAAAUUUAAGAAUUACUUUUAAAAUAUUACAAAACGUAUAGAUUACAAAUAAUAUUCCUGUCGUAAGACGAAACCAUGUAUUCUGAACUCUCGAUUAUAAGCUCUCUAUUAAUCAAAUACUAAUGCAAAAUCCGAUGAGAAAACAAUAAAAAUUUAUUGAAUAUUGACGAUCAUUCCAUAAUGUAUUGAUGAGAUUGACGCGGAUGUACUACAAAAGAAUAUAUUAACAUCAGUGGAUGAGAAAAAAAGUUCAGCUGUGAAUAAGUAAUUGUUUGUAAAAAGUUUUAUGGAUUUAUUUUUAGCCACUAGCUAUAAUAAUUGUAUAAAUUAUCUGUAGAAUGUAACAUAUAAUAUGAAAUUGUACAUAUUUAUAUCGCUGUAAAGAAGAAUGCUAGAACGUUAUUUUAUAAAUACAUUUCCAUUUAUACACAAUUU